CAUCGCCCGGCCCCCCUCUUCCCCUCGCCCGCCUCGCCCCGCCCCUCUCCUUCGUCCCCGUCCCUCCGCGCGUGCGCGUUCGCUUUCGAGCGCGUGCCCGCGUCUUAAGUCCGGCCGGCGGAAGACGAGCCCAGAGACGGAGCAGGGUCGUCGCGCCUUGGUGACGUGGUGCCGCCGGCGCGGGCGGGUGACGCGGCUGGGCCCGUUGUCUGUGUGUGGGGCUGAGGGGCCCCGGGGGCAGUGGGGGCUCCCGGUGGGGGCAGCGGUGGGGCGGGAGGGCCUGGACAUGGCGCUGAGGGGCCGCCCCGCGGGAAGAUGAAUAAGGGCUGGCUGGAGCUGGAGAGCGACCCGGGCCUCUUCACCCUGCUGGUGGAAGAUUUCGGUGUCAAAGGGGUGCAAGUGGAGGAGAUCUACGACCUUCAGAGCAAAUGCCAGGGCCCUGUAUAUGGAUUUAUCUUCCUGUUCAAAUGGAUCGAAGAGCGCCGGUCCCGGCGAAAGGUCUCUACCUUGGUGGAUGAUACGUCCGUGAUUGAUGAUGAUAUUGUGAAUAACAUGUUCUUUGCCCACCAGCUGAUACCCAACUCUUGUGCCACUCAUGCCUUGCUGAGCGUGCUCCUGAACUGCAGCAACGUGGACCUGGGACCCACCCUGAGUCGCAUGAAGGACUUCACCAAGGGCUUCAGUCCUGAGAGCAAAGGAUAUGCGAUUGGCAAUGCCCCGGAGUUGGCCAAGGCACAUAAUAGCCAUGCCAGGCCCGAGCCACGCCACCUCCCUGAGAAGCAGAAUGGCCUUAGUGCAGUGCGGACCAUGGAGGCGUUCCACUUUGUCAGCUAUGUGCCUAUCACAGGCCGGCUCUUUGAGCUGGAUGGGCUGAAGGUCUACCCCAUUGACCAUGGGCCCUGGGGGGAGGAUGAGGAGUGGACAGACAAGGCCCGGCGGGUCAUCAUGGAGCGUAUUGGCCUCGCCACUGCAGGGGAGCCCUACCACGACAUCCGCUUCAACCUGAUGGCAGUGGUGCCCGAUCGCAGGAUCAAGUAUGAGGCCAGGCUGCAUGUGCUGAAGGUGAACCGUCAGACAGUACUAGAGGCUCUGCAGCAGCUGAUAAGAGUAACACAGCCGGAGCUGAUUCAGACUCACAAGUCUCAAGAGUCACAGCUGCCUGAGGAGUCCAAGUCAGCCAGCAACAAGUCCCCACUGGUGCUGGAAGCAAACAGGGCCCCUGCAGCCACUGAGGGCACCCACACAGAUGGUGCAGAGGAGGCGGCUGGUUCAUGUGCACAAGCCCCAUCCCAUAGCCCUCCCAGCAAACCCAAGCUGGUGGUGAAGCCUCCAGGCAGUAGCCUCAACGGUGUUCCCCCCAACCCCACUCCCAUUGUCCAGCGGCUGCCAGCCUUUCUAGACAAUCACAACUAUGCCAAGUCCCCCAUGCAGGAGGAAGAAGACCUGGCGGCCGGUGUGGGCCGCAGCCGAGUUCCAGUCCGCCCACCCCAGCAGUACUCAGAUGAUGAGGAUGACUAUGAGGAUGACGAGGAGGAUGACGUGCAGAAUACCAACUCUGCCAUUAGGUAUAAGCGGAAGGGAACAGGGAAGCCAGGGGCAUUGAGCGGUUCUGCUGAUGGGCAGCUGUCAGUGCUGCAGCCCAACACCAUCAACGUCUUGGCUGAGAAGCUCAAAGAGUCCCAGAAGGACCUCUCAAUUCCUCUGUCCAUCAAGACUGGCAGCGGGGCUGGGAGUCCGGCUGUGGCAGUGCCCACACACUCGCAGCCCUCGCCCACCCCCAGCAAUGAGAGUACGGACACGGCCUCUGAGAUCGGCAGUGCUUUCAAUUCGCCACUGCGCUCACCCAUCCGCUCAGCCAACCCGACGCGGCCCUCUAGCCCUGUCACCUCCCACAUCUCCAAGGUGCUUUUUGGAGAGGAUGACAGCCUGCUGCGUGUUGACUGCAUACGCUACAACCGUGCUGUCCGCGAUCUGGGUCCUGUCAUCAGCACAGGCCUGCUGCACCUGGCUGAGGAUGGGGUGCUGAGUCCCCUGGCGCUGACAGAGGGUGGGAAGGGUUCCUUGCCCUCCAUCAGACCAAUCCAAGGCAGCCAGGGGUCCAGCAGCCCAGUGGAGAAGGAGGUCGUGGAAGCCACGGACAGCAGAGAGAAGACAGGGCUGGUGAGGCCUGGUGAGCCCUUGAGUGGGGAGAAGUACUCACCCAAGGAGCUGCUGGCACUGCUAAAGUGUGUGGAGGCUGAGAUUGCAAACUAUGAGGCAUGCCUCAAGGAAGAGGUAGAGAAGAGGAAGAAGUUCAAGAUUGAUGACCAGAGAAGGACCCACAACUAUGAUGAGUUCAUCUGCACCUUUAUCUCCAUGCUGGCUCAGGAAGGCAUGCUGGCCAACCUAGUGGAGCAGAACAUCUCCGUGCGGCGGCGCCAAGGGGUCAGCAUCGGCCGGCUCCACAAGCAGCGGAAGCCUGACCGGCGGAAACGCUCUCGCCCCUACAAGGCCAAGCGCCAGUGAGGACUGCUGGCCCUGACUCUGCAGCCCACUCUUGCCGUGUGGCCCUCACCAGGGUCCUUCCCUGCCCCACUUCCCCUUUUCCCAGUAUUACUGAAUAGUCCCAGCCAGAGAGUCCAGGCCCUGGGAAUGGGAGGAACCAGGCCACAUUCCUUCCAUCGUGCCCUGAGGCCUGCCACAGGGCAGAUCAGCCCCAUAGUGCUCAGGAGGCAGCAUCUGGAGUUGGGGCACAGCCAGGUACUGCAGCUUCCUCCACAGCCGGCUGUGGAGCAGCAGGACCUGGCCCUUCUGCCUGGGCAGCAGAAUAUAUAUUUUACCUAUCAGAGACAUCUAUUUUUCUGGGCUCCAACCCAGCAUACCACCAUGUUGACAUAGGUUCCUACUGACUAUGCUUUCUCUCCUAGGAGCUGUCCUGGUGGGCCCAGGUCCUUGUAUCAUGCCAGGGUCCCAACUACAGGGUCCCAGCUGGGGGCCUGGGUGGGCCUUAGGCCCUGCUGCUCUAGCCCCAGCCACCAGCCUGUCCCUGUCGUAAGGAAGCCAGGCCUUCUGUCUUCGUUCCUCUUAGGAGAGUGCCAAACUCAGGGACCCAGCACUGGGCUGGGUUGGGAGUAGGGUGUCCCAAUGGGGUUGGGGUCAGCAGGCUGCUGGGAUCCCAUGGCCUGAGCAGAGCAUGUGGGAACUGUUCAGUGGCCUGUGAACUGUCUUCCUUGUUCUAGCCAGGCUGUUCAAGACUGCUCUCCACAGCAAGGUUCUGGGGCUCUUCGCCUUCAGUGUUGUGGCCCUAGCUAUGGGCCUAAAUUGGGCUCUAGGUCUCUGUCCCUGGAGCUUGGGGCUCAGAGGAGCCUCUGUCCAGCCCCUCAGUAUUACCAUGUCUCCCUCUCAGGGGUAGCAGAGACAGGGUUGCUUAUAGGAAGCUGGCACCAUUCAGCUCUCCCUGCUACUCCAGCUUCCUCAGCUUCUACAAGGCACUCAGGGUGGGGACAGCAGGAUCAAGACAACCAGUUGGAGCCCCUGUGUUCCAGAGGGCCUGAUGCCAAGGGGUAAUGGGCCCAGCAGUGCCUCUGGAGCCCAGGCCCCAACACAGCCCCAUGGCCUCUGCCAGAUGGUUUUGAAAAAGGUGAUCCAGGCAGGCCCCUUUAUCUGUACAUAGUGACUGAGUGGGGGGUGCUGGCAAGUGUGGUAGCUGCCUCUGGGCUGAGCACAGCCUGACCCCUCUGGCCCCUGUAAAUACUGGAUCAAUGAAUGAAUAAAACUGUCCUAAGAAUCUCCUGAGAAA